GCCAGAGCACUUCUCUUUCCGGUGGGGCGGCAAGCUGGGCCUCAUGGAGGCGGUUCGCCCGGACUGCCUAGGAAUUGGCGCUGUGGCCUCGCCCGGCGAGGGGAGGCUGGCGCCGGAGGCGAGAGUGCACUUCCGAGUAACCCGGUUCAUCAUGGAGGCAGGCGUCAAGCUAGGGAUGCAGUCCAUCCCCAUCGCCACCGCGUGCACCAUUUACCAUAAGUUCUUUUGCGAGAUCAACUUAGACGCUUAUGAUCUUUACCUGGUCGCCAUGUCUUCCAUUUACUUGGCCGGCAAAGUGGAGGAGCAACACCUGCGCACUCGUGACAUCAUCAACGUGUCGCACAGGUACUUUAACCCGAGCAGCGAGCCCUUGGAGCUGGACUCUCGCUUCUGGGAGCUCCGAGACAGCAUUGUGCAAUGUGAGCUGCUUAUGCUGAGGGUUCUGCGCUUCCAGGUCUCCUUCCAGCAUCCACACAAGUACCUGCUCCACUAUCUGAUUUCUCUCAAGAACUGGCUGAAUCGUUACAGCUGGCAGCGAACCCCCAUCUCCGUCACGGCUUGGGCCCUUCUGCGUGACAGCUACCACGGGGGACUGUGCCUCCGCUUCCAGGCCCAGCACCUAGCCGUGGCGGUGCUCUAUCUGGCUCUACAGGUCUAUGGAGUCGAGGUGCCUGCAGAGGGUGAGGCCGAAAAGCCAUGGUGGCAGGUGUUUAGUGAUGACCUUACCAAGCCAAUCAUUGAUAAUAUUGUGUCCGAUCUCAUUCAGAUUUAUGCCAUGGACACAGAGAUCGCCUAAGGCCCUGACCCAGGCCUGCUUGGCUGCCGGGGUAUGGUGCCACCAAGUUGCUGUGACCACUGGGAGGACUGGUUCUGUUGGCUGAGACAGGCUAGUGAAGGCAAUGACAAGCUGCCACUUUGUCCCCAGCAGUCCUUGUCCAGAUAAUACCGAGAACCUCCAGCUGGCCAGGACAGGCCUCACAGUGCGGCUUCCUAGACUUGGCUGCAUGGGCUUUUGCCCUUUGAGAGGACUGUUGUUGAGGCAUGGACAAUAGAAGUUGAGACAGUCACUAAAAGGAAAGGUGAAGAAUAGAUAAGACUGCAUCCUUAGAGUUUUUAAAAACCAGAUUUGUAAAAGUAUAAAUGUGUUUCAAUAAGAUUUUAUUUUGUGUAAUAAAAAUUAUGCAAAUAAAAAUAAGGGAAAAAGUUUAA